AUGGCCGUGAAGCGCAAGGGGGCCGACGAGGCCAAUUGCGCGCUUCCGAAAAGGUCUCGGACAGGUGCUGCGGCGGAAGUCACGGAGAACGACUAUGCUUCAGACGACUCAGCCGACUGGAAAGUAAACUUCACCGACAAUGGCGCUCCGAGGGCAGAGAGCGAGGCCCGCCGACAGUGGAAUUACGUCUGUCCCGUGUGUUCGCAGCGAUUCAACCGGCCAUGUCGCCUCGAAACACACAUGCGAAGCCACAACAACGAACGACCGUUUGCGUGUACCGAGCCGGGAUGCGACAAGACGUUCCCUCGCAAAGACCAUCUGCAGCGCCAUUUGAAGAAUGCGCACGGCGACCCGGCGGCCGAACGAACAUUUGUGUGCGAUUGGAAUGGAUGCGGGAAGAGCUUCACCUCCAACGGAAGGUUGCAGAGGCACAAGGAUGUGCAUGCGUCCAAGUUCUACUGCACCGAGUACCCGCCGUGCAACCAGGCGUUCAGAAAAGCAAAGUCCCUCGAGGCACAUGUCAAGAGCGAGCAUCUCCAGGUCAAACCAUACAUUUGCACUCAUGUUGAUGAAGAGACGGGCCACGAGUGCACAAGCGCCUUUCAAACGGAGAACGCACUGCGGCGGCAUAUGCUUCAGGCCCAUACUGAGACACGGGAACAGGGUCAUUUCUGCAUGCUCUGCGCCCCCGCUGGUGAUGAUGCCGAAAUGCACAUCGACUCUGCUGGCCCUGCGCCACUUCCGUCAUUUGCGACCAAAGAAGAAUUGGACGCACAUACAGCGGAGUGCCACCCGCCAAUGUGCACAGAAUGCGGCCAGAAAUUCAAGCAUGCGUCCACGCUCAAGGCCCAUGUUGAAACCUUACAUGGCGACCCACAAGCACAGCCACAGUAUCCAUGCCCGAGAUUAGAUUGCGACAGUAUCUUCAAUCGAAAGCACAACCUCACGGUGCACAUCCAAGCGGUCCAUGACAAGCACUUCAAGUACUCGUGCACAUCGGACGCUGUGCAGAAUUCAAAACAUGCCGAUCUCAAAGCCUGGAAUGGAGAGAAUGCAUGUGGUGCCUUGUUCAAGGCCAAGUCGUCGUUGGACCAACACAUUCGGACACACCAUCUCAAGCUUGGAACCCGCAAACAGCUGCGAAAGGCUGCAAAGUCACAGAAGAAGGCAGAGGCCUCGAUGCUCACCAUGCUGACGGGCGUAGGCUACGAGGAGGGACGAGAGGUGCCGUGCCUGAUCAAGACAUGCGAAUAUCGCUUCUACUUGGAUCGCGAUCUACGACGUCAUAUGCGCGCGGAGCACAGCACGCCUGACGAGGAGAUUGAGGAGAUGAUCCAAGAGCGCGAUGCCAUCAGCGGAGGACAGUUCUGGAUUGGUGGCUUUGACGAAUCCAUGACCAUGUUUGAUUCCGCUACGCCGAGUCUGCCGCAGACACCAGGCCCGUACUUUACAGAGGGAGCCAUGCCCAUGCAGCCGUAUUCUGAUCCAAAGGGCAUGGACAAUGGAACCGGUUUGUUCCAUCAGCAGUUUGACCCAAUAUCACUGCUCAACGAAGAAGCUGAGAUGGAUAUGCAAAUGGGGCUGGGUGAUUUGCCGGCAGCCAUGGAUGCCCAAGAAGGGUUGCAAUGGGACAUGCUUGCUCCCGUCGAGCAAUACAACAGCGACGCUACUCGCGGUUAGGAGCUACUGAUGCUAAACGCACACUUGAUGUGCUGCUUGUAAUCUCCUGACAGGCAAACCCCCCAUCACGAUUGUCUAAUGACGUGUAACGAGAUACCCUUAUGUAGCAAUAAAUACCUUGUCAUG